CCUCUGUGCUGUGUCUGGCAGAGUGUUGGCUCGGUGUAGUCGGCAGCCUCCUAGUCUAUGGGGUGUCAGCGCUUGUAGGAUCCGGAUCGUAUGAGCGGAUUUACGUGGCCGAUGGAUUGUCCGAUGUCUGGAUUGUAAUGUGUGUCUGAUGUUGUGCAUCCCGAGAGAUGGGGAAACUUUACUCCAAGCACGUUGCAGUCUGCAAACCAAGAGAAAGCCCUGAAGGUGAUAGUUUUGCAGUAAAUGCUUGCCUGACUCGGAAAGGCAUAGAAGAUUGGAUUGCCAAGCAGAAGACUUCCCAAGUACCCAAUCACAAGCCUGGGUGCAAAAGGGACCCAUCGGGGCAUAUUUGUAAGGAAGCUAUUGGAGCAGAACAUUUUCACCUGGAAGUUGCUCUCCCUGCUGAGAAGAGUGAGGGACUUUUUACCUGUGAAGAGAAAAAAACAGGAGAAAGGGAUACAGAUGGAUGUGCAAAGAAACAGCUGAAAUUUGAGGAACUUCAGUGUGAUGUUUCUGUGGAAGAGGACAACCGACAAGAAUGGACCUUUACAUUAUAUGAUUUUGACAACAGUGGAAGAGUUACACGAGAGGACAUUACAAGUUUGCUUCAUACUAUAUAUGAAGUCUUUGAUGCAUCCGUGAAUCACUCAAGUAGCUCCAGUAAAACUCUGAGGGUCAAGCUGUCAGUGGCUCCAGAUGCCACCCUGAAGAAGAGAACCACCCUGCUCAACCAUGCAGAGGUGCAAAAUGGGAGACACAGAAGUGACAGCAAGGUCAAUGAAGAUUUACGGAACUCUGAAAAAAGGCGUGGAUUAGGAAGACAUAACCCAGCUGAAAAUGAAACAGAACAGACUGAAUGUCUGAGGCAAUGUGUGGAUGAAAACAUUGAAAGGAGAAACCACUAUUUGGAUCUUGCAGGAAUAGAGAAUUACACUUCAAGGUUUGGACCAGGUUCUCCAACCACAGGUGAAAAAAAUGAUUCUCAUGCAAGACCUUCUAAUCAGAUGAGAUCUCGAUCCCAUGAACCAGAAACCCUGUACCUCCACCAGAGGAGGUCCCAGGCACUGGAUCCUGGGCAUUUCUGUCUUCUAGACCCUUCUCACCCAAAAAUGGUAGAACUUCAACAAAGGCAAAGAGGCCAGGAGUCCAACAAACAUUCUGUAAAAAGCCCCAAAGCUUCAACUAAAAAUGUUACUGCAUCAAUGAGCCAGCCAGGAAGGACACCAAGAAGCAAACCUAACCAUGGUAUGUCAAUUCCCGUGACUUCUCCAGCUGCUUUUAUGGGACAGGGUUAUCCAUACCAUCCUUUACCACCUCAGCAGCCACACAGAAAGAGCAAACAGAAAGCUAAGGAAAGUCACCAGAUGUGCAAAGCCUUCCAGUCUCCUGUAAAUGUUGUGGAGAAUGAGCAUGUGAGGGAUCUACCAAGCAUGUUACUUUAUGAAGGUCAUACUGGACAUUUGGUACAAAGACACGAGCACCAUCAUCACCAUGAGCAUCACCACCACUAUCAUCAUUUCUACCAAACAUAAAGAAUCAUCCAUUCCAAGGAGAACAGUCCACUAUUUUGAAAUCUUUUCUUAUGAAGAGAAUUGCAUUGUCAGUAAGAAAUGAAUUUGCCUGACUUUUAAGGUACAUUUAUUGACAGGCUUUGUGGCAUCAAAGUGGACUUUGGAUACAGUUUAUAAAGAUCAUCAAGCACUUCGUUUACAUUGGACCUAUGGAUGGAUAUUUGCAUUAUUAAAUGGUGUUUAUAUACAGUUAGACUUGUUGCACAGAAGCCUUUAGCAGAAAUGAACAAUCUGAACAGUUUCUUACAUCAAAAAAUAUCACUAACAAAAAAACCCACAAACAGCAGACUACCUCUAGUAUUUUUCGUACUUCGUGUUAGUUCAUGAUUUUCAUUAUGAAACGGGUAGACUUGCCUUACAUGCAAACUCACGUGUGUGUGUGUGUGUGUGUGUGUGUGUAUGUGUGUGUGUGUGUAUGUGUGUGUGUGUGUGCGUGCGUAUGUGUAAAUGCAUAUGUAUGAUCUUUUUGUGUGUAUGCAUGUAAGUUGUUUACCUAUUUUGUAUGUUUAUAAAGGAGAAAAAUGCCAACAUAUUUACUUAGUAAAAUCUUCCUAUUCUUCUGUAAUAUUUUUAUUUUUAGAUAUUUUAAAGUGGUUUUAUAAGAUUAGGAAAAAUAAUUCUUCAGUGUGAUUUAUUUAAUUAUAAUGCAAUUACUGUCACACAUGCCAUUUAUGAGAAAUGAAGAAAAAAUCUGCACGUCCUUACUUUGUAUUAAAUGGCAAAAGCUGAUACAGUACGCUGCAUGUGGCUAUCAACAGUCAAAUGUUAGACUUUGACAUAUGUUGGAAGUGUUUAACCAAUUAUAGUGGCUUUUAGGAAUAGGUGAGCUCAGUCUGUUUCUCUAAAUAGGCUGUUCACACUGAUUUUUAUUCAUGCAUAGUUAUAUCUGCCUGCUGGAAAACCAAUGCACAAGAGAAGGUCAUUUAUAAAUUUAACUAAUCGGCUGUAACACAAAAUCAGUGUAACCAUUUUAUUCAUUUUUUUUUACUGUUUAACCAGCUGCUGAAGUAAUGUUAAAUUGUCACGUAUUUCAUAAAAACAAUGGCCAUUUAAAGUUUUUCGUAGAUAGAAUUAGUCUUUAUGACAAAUGGUAUUUCUAUGUGUUUCACACUGUGGAGUGAUUAUGACUUACCACACCAACAGCAGUAAGUCCCUAACAAACUGAUAGUUUAAAAUGAAUGGUACAAUAUAUAGAAAUCAUCUUCUACUUGGUAUAGGUGAUGGUUACAUAUAUGCAGGCUAUUUAAAGAUGACAGUUCUAUAACUAUGUACAAAGC